UGCUUUUCUGCCUCCAUCUCAGUCUGUUUUCUUCAGACCUUCAUCUGCUCGCUGCUUCGCCUAAAGACGCCCUGCAGGUGUGUGAGCUGAUGUGAAGUGAGCAGCAUGGAUCAGUGUGAGGACAGAGAGGACAGAGUCCCUCCCUCUAAAACCACUCUGUGUGGAGAACAUGAGGACCAGAGCAAAGCUCAGAGGAAACCAGCACAACCAGAACCUGGACCAGAACCAGAACCUGGACCAGAACCAGUACCUGGGCCAGAACCAGAACCUGGACCAGAAUCCAGCUGUGUGUCUUUAAAGAGCAACAGGUCAAAGGAUGCCAUCAUUGAUUUUAAAUCAGACCAACCUUCAUCAGCAAACAGUUGAAUCUUUCUGGAUCACCUUGUGUCACAUUAGUGAACCAGAGUUGGUGCUUCUGCAGAGCUUAAGGUGAUGCACAUGUAGGCAAGUCGUGAUGCUGAUUCAACUAUUAGAUGGAAACUAAAUCUGAUGGAAAACAUGAUCUCUCACUGUUAUCUGCAAACAUCAGUGAAAUCAGCAGCUUCUAAAGUUCAUCUGUGUUCAUUCAAAAUGAUCAUCAGUCUGAUUAUUAGCAAACUGCUCCACAGUCUCCUUCAGCAGCCGCUACAUGUCAUCAGAAAUACAAGAUCAUUGACCUGCUGCUGGGAGG